AAGGCAAAGGGUGGCAAAGGGUAUGCCGCUGUGUUGUCAGUUGUCAUGUGAAUAAUUAUAUUAUUGGUACCUAUGUAGCUAUGUGUUCUCAAAAAUGAGUUUUAAAUAAAGUUCCAUCUCAAUUCUCACAAUCGUAGCUGCUAGUGCUCAGCAUGGUACAGCUUCCUCCAAGGCUGCAGAGGCUGCUCAAGAACCGCAUGCUAAGGGUGGGUGCCCCUUUUGUUGCCAUCGUUCUUGGUGGCUCAUUUGCACUCAAAGAAUUUGCAUCAAUUAGAUACCUGUACCGCCGGCAGCGUCCCAUUGAGCCAGACGAGGCAGCCAAGUACGGCAUUCGAAUGAAAAACAAGGAGGAGGUGCGACUCGACAAACAGUACGAGGAGGUGAAACAGGUGGAGAUUGACUCCUGGGAGAACAAGCGCGGCCCGCGACCCUGGGAGGAGUCGGCAGCGAUGGAUGAGCUGCGCGCGCGCCAGGCGGCCCGGGAAGCAGCCUCAGCCGCGCACUGACACCCGCCGCCCCGCCGCCGCCGCCGCCACCGCUGCCGCUCAGAGAAGGAAGUGCUGACCUGCUGUGACCUGACGGGGCCAGUAUGGAGACCUGCCAGGCGCUCCCUGCGCCUGGGUCGGCCCCGCCCCUCACCUGUGACGUCAUCGACACGGACAUCGACGGUGGCGCCACCACGGAGCAGCGGUCGGACGACGAACUACACUCUCCGCCGCCCGCCUCAGCCAAUAUGAAAACUCACCGCUCGUCCCCGACUUUUCCGAAUGGCGACCACGAUAUACUUAACUCUGGAUCUCAAGAAGACGACAGCGACGCUGACGCGCGGCUCGACGAUUCACCUCCCUGCGAUUCACCAGACUGCAUCGAAGACGACGCGGAAGGCUCGCCCGUCUCCCCGUCGGAAGCGUCAUCAGACCCAUCGGCCCCGACGCCCCGCUCGUGUAUGCGUCGAUGUCGACCGGCGCGGCGGCGGUCGGACUCUGCCGCCGACCGACUGCCGUUCUCACCCCUCCGGCGCGGCUCGCAGGCGCCGCCGCCCCCUCCCCGCCGCGUGCACUUCCCAGAGUCUCCUGUGACAGCUGUCAUCCCCGCCGCCGAUCCGCUGAGGUUACUCGGUGACACCAACGCGGCCGAGGCGUACCGCGCGGCGUGCGUACGGCACGGGGCGGCGCCUCUGCCGGAGGUUCUCCGGCAGCUGGAGCAGCCCUCCGCAGACGUGCUGCGACUCUCCGGGGUGAAACUCUCCCUCUCCGAUGUGGACAGUCUAGAGGAGGUGAUGAGGCGCCGCCGAUGGCUGCGGAUUGAGGCGGCCGACUGCGCGCUGCGAGGGGAGACCCUGGCGGCCCUGAUGCAGAUAGUUCGUCACUAUGAUGCGACUCCGUGGCUGAACCUGGGCGGCGCGGACAGCGAGCGUCUCGGCUGGGCGGCGGUGUGCGGCGCGGUCCGGGACGCCGGCAGACGCUCGGCGCUGCAGUGGCUGGCGCUGGACCGGACGACUCUGGGUGAGGUGGCGGCCGCGCAGCUGGGCAGGAACGUCCGGGACAGCUGGCUGAGGGUGCUCCACCUGGAGAAGUGUCACCUGCACGGCCGACCGCUGCUCACCCUGCUGGCGGGAGGACUGCGCGCCGCCACCGGGCUGCGGCAGCUGUACCUGGGAGACAACGGACUGGGCUCGGGCGACGGAUCACUGCUGGGAGCCGCGCUCCGACAGAAUACCUCCCUCCAGCUGCUCGAUCUCAGGAACAACGCGUUCGACGAUGACGCCGCCGGUUAUUUACUAGCAGGUCUGGCCGAGCAGCAGCCGACUCCGCCUCACACCGGACUUCUCACACUGAACCUGUGGCACAAUCAGCUGACCGAGGAGUCUGCCGGACCCAUCGCGGCGCUCCUGGCGGCUCACCCUGCCCUGGAGACGCUCAACCUGGGCUUCAACACUCUGGGGGAUGCCACGGCCGCGCGGCUGGCUGAGCCGCUGACCAGGCACGGCCCUCUCCGCCGACUGGGCCUCCAGGCGUGUCGACUGGGCGACGAAGCCGCCACGGCGCUGGGAGGCGCUCUAUCCGCAGGGUCAGGUCUGGUGAGAUUGGAUCUCCGAGGGAACCACCUGACCUCCAGCGGCCUGCGUGCUCUGUUGGACGCCGUUCAGGGUAACACCACGCUCCGACAGCUGGACCUAAACCAGGAGCCGACCGCCGAGCCGGCCCCGGAGCGCGCGCUGAGCUCUGUACCUGAGGGCGCCCUGUCGGAGUCCGCGCAGGAGACGAGCUCUGACGUGUAUGACGGAGACCGGGGCUCACCCGAGAGAGCUGAUUCGGGGAUCGACUCGCCGGCAAAGUUCGCUAACUCGGGCGGCAGCGGUGAUGGCGAUGGUAGUGGAGGAAUGGAGGGAGAGAUAGAGCUCGAAGGCGCAGCGCUGGGAUCUUCAGUGGAUUCAACUCUGGGGAGCUCGGCCGGGUCCAACCCGCCUACAUUCUCAGCAGUGACCGACCGGCGUGACUCUGGGGACGGUGCAGAGUCGGGCGGCGGCGACUCCGACUCUGACUCCACACCGGUCGGGGAGUACCGCUCCCUGUACCUGUCACUGGGAGCUGCCUGUGAGGAGAACCGUCGCCGACCUGCGCCGGAGUCUGUCGCGGACACCCCGUCCCCGCCGCCGGCAGACGCCGACGACGAGCCCGGCUCCGGGCACUGGCUGCGGCGCAAACUGUCGGCGGCGCUGCGGCGGGUCUCCCUUACCUGCGAGACACCGCCGCCCAGACUUCCGCAGCCCUCUAGUGUCUCUUCCACAACCUCUCCCACUACCACUACCACUACAUCCACAUCAGCAGCUUCUCCAUCGGGCUCCCCGACCGCCGCGCAGCCCGUGCCAGUACCUGAGAGACCGCGCCACCGGCGACUGGUCAGUCCCAGUCCCUCCCCCUCAGAGAGCCCCCUCCCCAGCCCCACCUCUGGCCGGCCCCGGUUCCGCGUGUUCCGCGUGUCGUCAGCGGAACUGCCGCCCGGUACCCCGCCGCUGAUGCGGGGUCUGCCUCGCACCCUCUCUGAGUGCGAUGGAGAGUCGGCUCCCAGUUUUCUGCGCGAUGGCAGUCCCGUUCCGACGCGACUGGAGAGCCCCGUUCCGCCGGAGGAGGACCUAUCGGCGGCGCCGGUGAGGAAGGACAGUAUUGUGGUGCUGAAGGAGCGCAGUCAUCGAGCGCACGCCGGAGGGGGUGAUACGGGGGAGGGAGAGAGUGGUAUAAACGGUCUGACAACCUCUCUGGAGAACGUCUGUGAACUAGCCGGGGAGACCUGGAGUGACGAGAUGAAUCCGGAGUCUUCUCGACUCACUAACGGCUCUCUGAGUCCGCUGGGGAAGGGCUGGACGCGGGCAUCCAGUCCGGGGAGUCUGGACUCGGGCGGCAGAGGCGCGGGGUCGUGUCAGACGCCGGUGGAGCCGUGGCGACCGCCGCCGGCCGCCUCGCCACGGCCGGCCGGUAGGAAGUUCAGAGUGACACCGGUUAGGGAGACCAUCGGACCGGCCUGAGAGCGCGAACAGAGCGGAGGACAGGAGAGAGGGGCGGAGCGGGGGCAGAGUGGCGAGUGUUGCCCGUGAAUCAAUAGUACAGAAACACUGUAAACGCUGUCAGCAAAACACUUGCAGUUGUACCGUGAAACAACGACGCAGUGAAACGAAGUGACGCAUCGAGAGAGAGCGAGGUGCUCCCCUCACAAACCUCCUGGGAGCGAGUUCGUACCUGUGACUGAUGGAGCGGCGGGGCGGCGUGCUGACGUCACUAUGGCGGACCACCGGCGGCGGACUGUGAUUAGAUGACGUGUGUGAUAAUCGGCGUGUGAUGACUGAUGUGUGCUGUGACGAAUGUAAUGUGUGUGAGCCGUGAGGUUUAAAAAUCGUUACAAUGAUUGUUAGGGAUUGUUAUGUCUGGGAUGAGAAUGAUAGGGCGAAAAUGGUGUGCCUUGGAGCACCACUCGUAAGCGUUUGUACACAAUUAUUGUGGUUGAUUGUUGCCGAUAGUGAAACAUUGUCUGUAGAACAGC